CUUCCAAUAUUUACUCUCCUGUCUCACCAACUCACCAAAACACCUCCAAAUUUUAACACACUGUUUUUCCUUUUUCUGCAAAACGACUUAACUUCAACACUCCCCCAAUCCAUGAGCUAUUAAUUUCUCUGCCCCUUCACCUAUAUACACACUCUCCAAUAAUGGAAAGUAACAAAAGAUAAACCUUAGGAACAAAAAUACAAAAAAAUCCAAUGAGGAAUUUAGACUCACCCCCAAAAACUUUCCCAUUUUGGAAGAAAAUAAACCAUAUCUACACCUUAACCCUCAUUACCAUCUUAUGUUCCUCUUCCUAUUUCUUUGGUGUAUGGCAACGUAGUAGCGGAAGUGGUAGAUCAUCUACCACUUCCGCUAUCAUUACCACUUGCAUCACACAUAAUCUCACAGGUUUAGGCUCGAGCCUAAACCUGUUAGACUUUUCCGCCCAUCAUUUGGCGGAAGAUGUUCCAUCUACAGUCUCAGGCUCGAGCCUUAUGACCAAGUCUUACCCGGGGUGUAACGCUAGUUAUAGCGACUACACCCCGUGUGAGGACCCAAAACGGGCCUUGAAGUUCAAGCAGACCCGAAUGAUGCACUUGGAAAGGCAUUGCCCGACAAAAACGGAGGUACUGAAGUGUCGGGUGCCUGCGCCGUACGGGUAUAAGAGCCCGUUUAAGUGGCCCAUUAGUAGAGACUAUGCGUGGUACAAUAAUGUUCCGUCAAAGAUGUUAACGGAGCAUAAAGCGGUUCAGAAUUGGAUCCGGUUUGAAGGGGACCGGUUCAAGUUCCCGGGAGGUGGGACCAUGUUCCGGUUUGGUGCUGAUGCUUAUAUUGAUAAUAUUGCUAAGUUGAUCAAUCUGAACGAUGGGUCUAUCAGGACUGCCAUUGAUACUGGCUGUGGGGUUGCAAGUUGGGGAGCAUACUUGAUGUCAAGGAACAUAUUGCCGAUGUCAUUUGCACCAAGGGACACACAUGAAGCACAAGUUCAAUUCGCACUAGAACGUGGGGUUCCUGCUUUAAUUGGUGUUAUGGCUUCAAAAAGACUCCCUUAUCCCUCAAGAGCUUUUGACAUGGCUCAUUGCGCUCGUUGCCUUAUUCAUUGGGACCAAUAUGAUGGAGUAUAUUUGAUAGAGGUUGAUAGAGUGCUUCGACCCGGCGGAUAUUGGAUCCUAUCAGGUCCGCCCAUCAGAUGGGAAAAGAAUUGGAAAGGAUGGAAAAUGAGUAAGGAAGUCCUCAAAAGAGAGCAAACUAGAAUAGAGAACUUGGCAACAAAACUUUGCUGGAAGAAAAUCAUAGAGAAGGAUGACAUUGCUAUUUGGCAAAAACCAAUCAAUCACAUCAAUUGCAAACGGACUCAAGAAGUUAACGCGGACCCACCUUUAUGCCCCGCUCAAGAUCCAGAUAUGGCCUGGUACACAAAUUUAGAGACUUGUCUCACUCCUUUACCAGAAGUCUCAGAGAAUCAUAAAGUUGCUGGAGGACAAUUAGCAAAAUGGCCAAAAAGAUUGACUGAAAUCCCACCUAGAAUUAGCAGUGGAUCAAUAAAGGGUGUAACACCAAAAAUAUUCCAAGAAGAUAUGAAAAUAUGGAAGAGAAGAGUUUCACAUUAUAAAACAGUGAACAACCAGCUAGGGGAGCCAGGAAGGUACCGGAAUCUUCUAGACAUGAAUGCGAAAAUGGGUGGUUUUGCGGCGGGUUUGGUGGAUGAUCCGGUUUGGGUGAUGAAUGUGGUUCCUGUGGAAGCUGAGGUUAAUACUCUUGGAGUGAUCUAUGAAAGGGGAUUGAUUGGAACUUAUCAUAGUUGGUGCGAAGCUAUGUCUACUUAUCCAAGGACGUAUGAUUUUAUCCAUGCUGACUCGAUUUUCUCGCUUUAUAAAGACAGGUGUGAAAUGGAGGACAUUUUGCUAGAGAUGGACAGGAUAUUGAGGCCAGAAGGGAGUGUAAUGUUCCGAGAUGAUGUGGAUCUGUUGGUGCAGAUAAAGAAGAUAAUAGAUGCGUUUCAAUGGGAUAGCCAUAUAGUAAACCAUGAGGAUGGGCCCCUUCAAAGAGAGAAACUUCUCUUUGCUGUAAAGUCUUAUUGGACUGCACCUAAGCCUACUGAAUAAGACCCCAAUAUUCUCAUUUCUAGUCUAAAAAUUUAGAUGGGGUAUCCAUGAAGCCAUUUUUGGUAAAGGCAAAGUCUAGUUCUAGCAUGAGAUGGUAUCACAACUCACACCUCAAAAUAUAGAACAAUUCAUUUUCAAUGUUUUUUGUGGCACUAGACGCAAAACAAACAAAAAAAAGAACAAAACAAAAAAAAAACCAAGACCUAUUAAUGUAGUUAGGCCUAGGGGUGAUAACUCUCUAGAUUGAAGAUAAGAAUUCUACGGAUUUGUCUAUCUAGUGGGUAAUCCACCCACUAAAAAUAGACAUUAAUAAUUAGUAGAGUCUAAUUCAGUAAAAAAAAAAUUAUUGUUUAUUUCAUGUGGGAACUGGGAAGUCUACCUAGUGGAUAGAUGUAUUAAUCUCCAAAAUGUACUAACUCUCUGGCUAUGUUUUUCCGAUGUUCUUUUCAAAUUAUGUGGAAACUGAAAAGCAA